AUGGACUCGGUAUCCAGCAACGAGGAGGUCAAGCAGCCAAGUCACAAAGAUGGCCAACUCUCUCACGAGUCACAGACUGCAUCAGACUUCAUCAAUCAACAACUAGCCCUCGAGGCUGAUGCGCGAGAAGUGCUCCCCUAUAAAUUUGACAAAUGCACCUAUCCUCUCGGACCAUUGCGCCAGAACAUCUUUGCCUGCCUCACAUGCAGUCCGCCGCCAGCCUCGGCAGCACAAGUCCACACUCCCGCAGGAGUCUGCUACGCCUGCUCCAUCUCCUGCCACGGCGAACACACCCUAGUUGAGCUGUUCAGUCGAAGGAAUUUUGUGUGCGACUGCGGAACGACCAGACUUCCCACGACCUCACCCUGCACGCUGCGGCUAGAUCCGAAGACCGGAACAAGAGGCGUGCAUUCACAAGAAGCCGCGCCGGGAAACCACUACAACCACAAUUUCCAGAACCGGUUCUGUGCCUGUGGAGAAGAAUAUGACGCCGAAACAGAGAAGGGGACCAUGUUCCAAUGCUUGGGACUUGGCUCGGUCGAGACAGGCGGCUGUGGAGAGGAUUGGUAUCAUCCAGAAUGUCUCAUGGGACUAGAAAGAGAUUGGUAUACGACUCUACAAGCGAAGAAAGAGGAGGAUGUCAACGGAUCCAAAGAGACCACUCAAGAGAAUGGAAAAGAACAACAACAGCAGUCACAUCCUGUGCCACCAGGCUUCCCCAACGAAGACGACUUCGACUCCAUGAUCUGCUACAAAUGCGUCGACUCCAAUCCCUGGAUCAAGCGGUACGCAGGCACACCCGGCUUUCUCAAACCAGUGUUCAGACAGACCGAACAAUCAAACGCGGGUCCUGUGGAUGGCCAUGAACCCACUCCUUCCUCCCAAGCUCCCGUGAGCCUCAAGCGCAAAGCUUCCGACAGCGAUGAUGAUGUCGAACCAGCCCCAGCAAGCCCCUCGAAACGCAUCAAGGGGGAUGAAGCCGACCCAGACGACGACAACACCACGGCUACCGCUCAUCCACAUCCAACUCCCUCUGGACCAGCAGCAGAUGACCAUCUGACCGCUGCCGAACCACCAUCAAGAAAUACUCCCGCAUCACACAAACAUGACACUCUCCCUCCCGCUCCGCAAGGCACAUUCUCAUUAUUCCUGAAGUCCGAUUUCCGCGACCACCUCUGCCACUGUCCGGCCUGCUAUCCGAACCUGAUCUCGCACCCACAACUCGUGGAGGAAGAAGACACGUACGAGCCAUCCCUGUCAUCUGCCUCCGGGUCCCAGUCCCAGUCCCACGCCGCUCCCGGGUCAGGCACCCGCUCACACGGCACCGCAAGCCUCCUUGACCGUGGCGAGGCCGCCUUGUCGACCAUGGACCGGGUCAAAGCGAUCGAGGGCGUCAUGGUGUACAAUCAUCUACGGGAUAAAGUUAAGGAGUUCCUCAAGCCGUAUGCUGAGAGCGGCCAGGCCGUGUCUGCUGAGGACAUCAAAGCGUAUUUUGAGAAACUGCGCGGCGAUGAGAGCGCCAUCAAGGAGGCUGGGACAAAGCCUGUUGAUAGUACGGGUGAAGGGAGCGGUGGUGAUAGCGGUGGGAAUCGUAGGGAACAGUCUGGAUACUGA